CUUCUAUACAACUCAUCCUUCUCACCCGCUCAGCUUCCACUGCUUAUUGCAAGAGCUACUCGUAUAGACACUGGAACAUCAGGUCUAUCAUACCGUAGUUCUCCCUACCGAGUUCAGACUUGCCAAGAAGGCUACUCUUGUCUCCAUACAGAGCUAGACGUCCGAGUUCCGUUCGCCACCUUACGUCUACUCAUCAAGAGUCAGACGGCCAAGACUGCAAGUGCGGAUAAUCUUACAUGUCUGGUAGCGACAUCUCAUAGGAUAUUCGGCACAAUGGAAGCCGUGCUCGAUUUCUCCAAAGAGCUAGAUAUUGGACUGCUCGACCAGGUUGUAGCGGCUUUUUACACUGGGGCCGGUGCACCUCAACAAGAAGCCCAAAGAGUUUUGACCCAAUUCCAGGACCAUCCCGACAGCUGGCAGAGAGUACCAGGAAUUCUCGAAGCCUCUCAAAACGUCAACACUAAGUUUAUCGCCCUCCAAAUCCUAGAGAAACUAAUCACCACCCGAUGGAAGUCAUUACCAGCAGAACAGACAGCAGGAAUACGAAAUUUCAUCGUCCAAAUCACAAUCGAGGUAUCUUCGGAUGAAGGCAGAAUGAGGAGAGAAAAGGGUUAUCUCAACAAGCUCAACCUCGUCCUUGUUCAGAUCCUCAAACAAGCAUGGCCGAGAGAUUGGCCGUCUUUCAUCCCUGAAAUCGUUGCUUCAUCCCGGACCAACCUCUCCCUUUGCGAAAACAACAUGAUUAUACUCAAGCUCCUGUCAGAAGAGAUAUUCGACUUUUCAGCUGAACAGAUGACACAGGCUAAGACCAAGGCCCUCAAACAGACGAUGUGUUCCGAGUUCUCGGAGAUUUUCAACCUCUGUAAUGAGGUUUUGGAAAAGGCCAACAAGCCCAGUCUGAUCAAGGCGACACUGGAGACCUUACUGCGAUUCCUGAAUUGGAUUCCACUGGGAUACAUCUUCGAAACACAGAUCAUCGAUUUUCUUGUCACUCGGUUCUUGGAAGUAAAUGAGUUCCGAAAUGUUACCCUCAAGUGCCUGUCCGAAAUUGGAGCUCUAAAUGUGGGCCCCGAGUAUAACACCAAAUUCGUCACCCUGUUCCAAGUCGUUAUGACCAGUGUCAACCGUAUGGUCCCACCCAACACCGACAUGGCUGCCGCAUACUCCUCCGCGGACGACGAGGACCAACAACUGAUCAAGAACUUGGCCCUCUUUCUCACCAACUUCCUUCAAACUCACCUCCGCCUCAUAGAAACUGUCGAACAUCAGGAUUUACUCAUCAAUGCUCACCUGUAUCUUAUCAAGAUAUCCACCGUGGACGACCGGGAAGUAUUCAAAAUCUGUUUGGAAUAUUGGGGCAAGCUCGUCGCUGAGCUGUACGAAGAGAUUCAAUCGUUACCACUGGCCGAUAUUAACCCUCUAAUGAACCUCAAUCUGGGCGGUUUGGGAGGGUUGAAUGGGGCGCAAGGUCUUGCUUUGAAUGGCUUGCAGCUGCGAAAGAACAUAUACGCGGACAUUUUGUCGAAUCUGCGUCUGGUGAUGAUCGAGAAGAUGGUCAAGCCUGAAGAAGUCCUCAUCGUCGAGAAUGACGAAGGGGAGAUCGUACGAGAGUUCAUGAAAGAGAGUGACACAAUCGUGCUCUAUAAAAGUAUGAGAGAAGUCUUGGUGUACUUGACGCAUCUGGAUGUGGCGGACACCGAGACAAUCAUGACGGACAAGUUAUCGAAGCAGAUCGAUGGCUCAGAAUGGUCAUGGAACAACUUGAACACGCUGUGUUGGGCCAUCGGCUCGAUCUCCGGGGCCAUGAGAAUAGACGAGGAGACGGAGAAGCGUUUCCUUGUCACCGUCAUCAAAGAUCUUUUGGGUCUGACCGAGAUGAAGCGUGGCAAGGACAACAAGGCGGUUUGCGCCUCCGACAUCAUGUACAUCGUGGGACAAUAUCCUAGAUUUCUGAAAGCUCAUUGGAAAUUCUUGAAGACCGUGGUGAACAAAUUGUUCGAAUUUAUGCACGAAACACACGAAGGUGUGCAAGACAUGGCGUGUGACACUUUUAUCAAAAUCGCUCAAAAAUGUCGACGACACUUCGUCAUGCAACAAGCAGGGGAGCACGAGCCAUUUAUCGAUGAGAUUCUGCGAACCCUGCAUCGAAUAACCGUCGAUUUACUACCUCCUCAGGUUCACACUUUCUAUGAAGCUGUUGGAUAUAUGAUCUCCGCUCAGCCCAAUAAGCCCACGCAGGAACGGCUGAUCGAGAAACUCAUGGAACUGCCGAACAAUGCCUGGGACAAUCUCAUGCAACAAGCAGCGAGUAAUGUGGAUGUCUUGGGCAACGCGGACAAUGUUAAGAUCAUGUCCAACAUAUUGAAAACGAAUGUCUCGGCGUGUACUUCCAUUGGGUCAUUUUUCCUCCCUCAAUUAGGCCGCAUCUGGCUGGACAUGCUCGGACUGUAUAAAGCUGUGAGCAGCAUCAUCAGUGAUCAGGUUGCCCAACAGGGAUUGGUCGCUACCAAGACGCCAAAGGUACGGUCGUUGAGGACCAUCAAGAAAGAAAUCUUGAAACUCGUCGAGACCUACGUGAAAAAGGCGGAAGACAUCGAUGGGGUGAACGUGAAUCUCAUACCUGGUCUCCUAGAUGCUAUCUUGGGAGAUUACAACCGCAAUGUCGCGGCCGCUAGAGAUGCGGAAGUGUUGAAUGUCAUGGCCACCAUUGUUUCCAAACUUGGGCCUCUGUUGCAGCCGCAAAUCGCCCCCAUACUCGACUCUGUCUUUGAGCCUACAUUGGAUAUGAUCAACAAAGACUUUGCCGAGUUCCCAGAACACCGCGUCGGAUUCUUUAAACUUCUCCGGGCGAUCAAUCUGACUUGUUUCACCGCUUUACUCGAAUUGCCACCACAACAGUUCAAACUGAUCAUCGACUCGGUGGUGUGGGCUUUCAAACAUACCAUGCGGGAUAUUGCCGAUACAGGGUUGAAUAUCGCAUUCGAAAUAGUGAACAACUUUGCCAAUUCUCCUCCUGCGAUUGCGAAUCAUUUCUACCAGCAAUUCCUUCUCAGUAUGCUCGGUGAUGUGUUCUACGUUCUCACAGAUGCAGAUCACAAGAGUGGAUACAAAAUGCAAUCAAUUCUUCUCGCUCGUCUUAUAUCCUUGGUGGAAACGGGUCAAGUGCAAGCUCCACUUUACGACCCCGUCACGAUCCCGGAUCCAAGUAUGACAAAUGCCAUCUUCCUCAAAAAACACAUCACCGAUCUUCUUUCCAGCGCUUUUCAACAUGUACAACCCACACAAAUCGACGCAUUCGUCACACUCAUGCUUGAACAUUCAUCUGAUCCUAUGAAGUUCAAACUCACUCUACGAGACUUUCUCAUCUCGCUCAAAGAGUUUUCAGGGGAUGAUAACGCCGAAUUGUACAUUGAAGAAAAGGAAGAAGAAGCGGCGCAGAAAGCUAGAGAGGAUAGAGAAGCAGCCAUGCGUGUACCGGGUAUGCUCAAACCUGCGCAAUUGGACGACGAUGCGGAUCUGUAA